CCGAAAAAAAUAUUGUUCAAUAGAUUCAACUUCAACCUAGGGCGACACCUUCUGAAUGAUAAAUCUUGCAAUGAAGAAAAUCUUACUGAGGACAACACAAAUCGUCCAGCUACUUUUUUAUAAGUAAAAAUCCUAUAGGGAGGCAGAGAUCUUGUGCAAAACUAUCACCAAAUCUCAGCCCUCAGGAGCAAAACUUCUUCACCGUGAUGAAUAUCAAUAUACAGGGACUAACAGGAAAAAUUCCCAGGCUGGAAAUACUACUCGAUAAACAUGAUGUGGAUAUUCUAUGUAUAUCUGAAACAUGGUGCAAAACAGGAAUGGAGAACCUAAGCUUUGGUAACUACAGGAUAAUAAACUCAUAUUGUCGAAAAGAAUUCAACCAUGGUGGUGUAUGUAUACUCGCAAAAAAAGAUCUAACAUUUCGAAAACUUGAUUUUAGCAAAGUAUGUACUGAAAAACUUUUUGAAGUAUGUUGUACAGAAGUUAAAGUACCUCAUAUAGGAAAAACCAUAAUAUGUGCAAUAUAUAGAUCACCUAAUUCUGAUUUUAAUCUUUUCAUGAACAAAUUAAAUGAUUUCAUGAAUAAUAUUUUUUUUUUAAUUAUUCUUAUCUGAUAUGUGGUGAUAUGAAUGUGGAUCUCCUUUCUUCUCGCUCAAACAAGAAAAUGCUGCUCAAUUUAUUUAAUGAGUAUAAUCUAAAAGAAACAUUUAACGUCCCUACGCGUAUUACAAAAUUCAGUAAAACGUGCAUUGACAAUAUCUUUACUAAUGUUGCAAACUACUCGGCACAGGUAAUUGACACAGAAAUAUCGGAUCAUACAUAUCAGCUAUUAUCUUUUAAUAUUAACCAGAAAAGUGAUUACUUUAUUACAACGGGUAGAAUAUUCAGUACCGAUAAUAUCCAAAAUUUCA